GUGACACAUCGUCCAGGAAAAGAGCAUAACUUUGAGUGUACACAGCCAAUCUUCCGAAGUGGGCGCAAAUUGAUCAUGGUUUGGGCAUGCAUCGCUCACAGUGUCAAGGGUCCCAUCAUCAAGCUGGAUUUACCCCCACCCAAGAAGGAUCAGAAUGGUCAGAGGAAGGAUGGAGGAAUGGGUGGAAAGGAAUAUGUUGAGCAGGUGCUUCAUGGUCCUUUGAAGGACUUUGUGAAGGAGAUGGAGAGUCGUAGAGGGUGUGAGAUCCUUGUAGUGGAGGAUAGAGCCCCCGGCCAC